AGUUUCAUGGUCUCCCCCGACAAAUCAUCAAUGGCAAGGAUCCUGUAGCAGACACACUCUACUGCUUCCACCCACACAAAUUUUACAGAAGUUAAAAGUUCCUUUUUCAUUUUACCGUCAAACAGCGAGCCUCGUUUAUUUCAUUUGGUCUGACAGAGCCAAAGGCCCUUGAAAGUAGCGAAGGUUCCACGCUCAUGCUAUACUAUAAGAGAGGGAGACAUUUUUUGGUUUUUCGUUGAGUGAGAGGAAAUUUUGAAACAUUGUGCAAUGGUGCCACAAAAGUUUUGAAAGGUUGUGAGAGCGUUUUGCCAGAGAAGUCUCAGAGUUUGUUCACUGGAGAAGAGGUCUCCAUGUUGCAUCCAUACAGAAUGGAGAGCUACCUCAUCCCUCCUCACAGUGAAGAAAUCUACGAGUCUGACAUCUACAGACAUCAAAUCGCAGAAUAUUACAAUCCAUAUGUACUAGAUGCAGAUAUUCAGGCAGAUCACUGGGACUACCAUGCACACCCUCACGUGCACCCUGUAGAGUUUGAAAACCUCCAAGAGAACAACUUUACCGAGCUGCAGAGUGUGCAGGCUCUCCAUACGCCUGGCCUCAUAAGAUAUGAUGCAGAAAACUUGCUCGAUCCAAAUCUUAGUGCACAUCCUCAUGUGUUGCAGCAACCAGUAGCAUUCUUCCCUCGGGCGGUGUAUCCACAGCACUUGUCCCAGCGCAGCUCUGAUGAUGAGGAGCAUGGAGGACAUAGCCCCCCACUGGAGGUUUCUGAUGAGGAGUGCCUGAGAGAACGAGUCCCUUAUGUCACAUCAGGAGAACUGGGUAAUAAGAAGAAGAUUCGUUUGUACCAGUUCCUGUUGGACCUUUUAAGAAAUGGUGAUAUGAAGGACAGUAUCUGGUGGGUGGACAGAGACAAGGGGACAUUCCAGUUUUCGUCCAAACACAAGGAGGCUCUCGCACACCGUUGGGGAAUCCAGAAGGGAAACCGCAAAAAAAUGACGUACCAGAAGAUGGCUCGUGCCUUGCGUAACUAUGGCAAAACUGGAGAGGUGAAAAAGAUCAAGAAAAAGCUGACUUACCAGUUCAGUGAUGAGGUUCUGGGAAAGAGUCAUCAGGAGAGAAGACAGUACGUGUAAACAGGAAAGAUCAGUGCAGAUCAUAAUCAACACUUCUGAUCUAGUAAAUAGCAUUAUAUAAAUAAUUCCAGGAGUGGGAUCAGUCCUCAGGAGAAAAUGCAGAACAAAAUCAGGCAUUGAGUGUACCUACUCCAUGUUAUGUAAGGGAGACCACUUAGUACUGUAAUCUAAAGUUCUGAUGAGACACCAUACACAACUAAAUAUCCAAAAAUCAGCUGCACAGAAAGAAAGUCAGGACCAAACCAUGAAAGAGCCACUAAAUAAUGUUUAUGUGAAUUUUAGCCCUUUUGUGGCAGACAUUUUGAUGAUGUGGACAAAACCAUUCAGGUGCUGUCAGAGUGCGAUCAAAGCUUUGAUAUCUGAUAGACACAAACAAUGGUAGUUAUGAAGAAAAGUACGUCGCCAUGACUCACAUUCAGCAACUCUCUGGGCCAUUUUAAAGGAAGUGGUUUAAAGUGUUAUUGCUGUUUGUUAGCUUCACCCAAUUACAGCAGCACUCCAUAACAUUUAGGAAGAUUCAUCAGUAAGGAAGACCUAAAUCUAAACAAAAACCUCAGCUGAUAUUAAUAGUAUAUGACUCCAAAAUUACAAUUAGUCACCAUAAGCAGAGACAACAGGCUUGACUUUGGAACUUAGGUUUGUUUAAUUUUGUGUCCCAUUUAGUGUUUCUUAGUUUUCUCCUUUUGCUUUUUUGUCUUGUUUCUGUAAAGUUGUUGUUUAUAAGCGCUGGAGGCUGGUUUUACAUGCAAUUCUAAAUGUAAAAGCAGCCUUGGGUUAAAGAGAUGCCAUUAAUAACAUGUGAACUGUAUAAACAUGAAUUUCUUGUAAAGAAAAUAAAUUGUGCACAACGA